AUGAAUUGGCCAGGGAGUUGCACCGUGCAUAAUGACACGAGUCACCUCCAACCUGGCCAAGGUGAUCCCGGACUCAAGCUCAAACUACGUCCAUGUUCAAUUCCCCGCUUCGACGGUGUCGCCCGCCGACGCUGCCUAUCUACCGGAGUCAACUUUUACCAGAAUCGCCAACUCGAGCUCUAUGCCUCCAAGGAAGCCAAAAGGCUCACACUACGCCAAUUGGUCUUUUUUGGGCGAUCCAUGGAUGAGGACCGGUUGAUCAAGAGCGCCAACUACGUCCGCACCGAAUUGCCUGUACGGCUGGCACAUAGGAUACGAGACCUUCAAGCACUGCCAUAUAUCGUCGUAACGCAGGAGGGAGUCGCCCGAGUAUACGAGCUGUACUGGUUAGCGUUCGAAAGAUUCAGAAAAUAUCCCCCCAUUACGAAUCUUUUGGAGAAUGAGGAGUACUGUGACUUCCUAAGAGAAGUCUUGCAAGAACAUGCAUCCGUCAUCCCAAAUCUCUCACUGGGGCUCUCUCUAUCGUCUCCCUACCUCCCCCCGGAUCAGCUAGACUCGUUCAUGCGCCGCAUGCUGAUAUCGCGUGUAUCCAGACGUGUUUUAGCCGAGCACCAUCUUGCGCUGUCGGAUGUAUACUCGGGUCGCACCAAGGAAGCCACAGGCGAGCCCCACGUCGGCAUCAUAUUCACUGGGUUGGACGUGAAGAGGUCAAUCGAAAAAUGCUCUAGGCUGCUACGUGAACGUCCGUUUGGCUUUGAAGAUGACAUCGACACGCCUGAUCCGCAUAAUCGGAAAUGGCCUGAAGUCGUGAUUGAAGGGCACCUGGACACCAAGUUUUCCUAUAUCAAAGAACAUCUUGAGUACAUCAUAUUGGAGCUAUUGAAGAACUCAAUGCGAGCGACUGCCUUGAAGUAUAUCGACUCGCCGGAGUUUCCACCGAUAUUAGCAACCGUCGUCGGGGGAGACAAACAUGUUGGUAUACGGAUAUCGGAUCAAGGCGGUGGCCUUCUGACGCCUCAGAACCUCAUCAAGUUCCCGUCGGAUCUGUUCUCUUUCUCUCAUAUUCGUAACGCGGGACGCAUGGAAGACGCGAGGAUUGGCGCUCUUCGUUCCGCAAGCUCAAAUCCUUCCGGUGUUUGGGCGACAGUAGGGGAACAGGUGGGGCGAUGGAGUACCACGCGGGGUUCACUACCAGCCUCUGGGACUCAGUCACGGAUCGGCAUCGGCCUCCCCAUGAGCAACAUCUACGCAACCUACUUCGGAGGGACCUUAGAAUUAGUCUCCCUCGAUGGUUGGGGAACAGACGCAUACGUGCGACUACCGAGACUAGGCACCAAUCUGGAAGGCAUCGAAGUCUAG